CUCAAACUCUUCAUGACCGUAAUCCGUCUGCACCACUGCCAUUCGCCGAGCGAGAAGCCACGACGAUAUCCGCCCACCGCGUCGCUGCAAGAUCUACUAUUUCGAGAUUUGCGGAAGGCCUUAUGCAGGAACGAGGAGCCGUGUGUCUGCGAACUUUCCUUGCAGACUCGCGCCGACCGAGAGAGGAUGCGCUGCUUCGUGGAGCUGCCUGUUCUAACACUGUCAUGGCUACAGAUACGACGCUGUCUGUGAAAGGUUGCCCUUCUAUGGCUCGACUAUCCUGAUGGGUGCACAGCCGCCCCGUCCGAGCCGUGACGUUUGGCUUACUCUGCUGACGUUCCCUCACCGCACACAAUUUCACUCACCUCUUCACAGGCACUGGGGCGGCCCCAACGAGCGGUAAAAGGAAACAGCUAGGCCUUUUGUUCAGGGUUACCGUUCCUUUUUGGGUCAGACGACUUUUUCUGUCAGAGGGAUUGCUGGGAAACCGUGGCAGUUUUCUUCACUCGUUGGCGCUGCUAUGUGAUGUCAAGUCCAGAGUAAAUGGCGAUGAAGCUGGACAUGAUGAAAUGAGAUUCAUUCAUCCCCUACUCUCAUCCCAUCGGCAUGAUCGCCGUGACCAAGCUCGGGAGCGUCGUCGACAUGAACGUUGUCACGUGAGCUCUCCAACUGCGGCUUCACAGCCCUUGGUGAUGGCGUUAGACGUGAGCGUGCGCAGGGCCCGAAGAAGGUCUUGAGAGCACAUCGUAUUCUCAUUGAAGCUUGCCUGUCUCAACAGUUCUUGCGUAGACUUGUCCUCUGCCAGCGUUGCACAUGAGCGGGGGUGAUGAAGUCAUGCUUUGAGCUGUAUGCGGAAACGACGACCCUGGAUGUUCCCAGAACCUUCACGGCUGCCGAUUUGGCGUUGUCACCACGGCCGCACCAGACACUGCCGCGGCUUCUCAUCGACCGAGCCGUUUGUCUUACACUAGUUUCGAAGCAUCUCAACGUUUUCCUCAUCGAAUCAGCUCAUUUCUACCGUGCCUAAACUUUCUAUAUUCAGCCUAAGAAGCAGCAUGGCAGCCAAGAUCCCUAAUGACAUCUUCCAGUACUCAACAACCGGUGCGCUGCAAGCCGGAUAUUCAAGCCACGGACCCGUUGUCCACCACUUGCAAGGCUAUGGCACUCAUGGUUUUGGAGUUCUUGCAGGAUCGAACAGCGAUCUCGUAUUCGUCGACUCGAAAGCAUACCAAAUCAGCAAGGACGGCCGCAACUUGGCUCAAAAGGCCCCAGCGGAUGCCGGCCUGGCCUUUGUCAUAGUCACCAAGUUCGUGCCAGAAUAUCAGCUUACAGUGAACGGAUCUCUGGACAAAGAUGCCCUCCUUGAUGUUUUUGGCUCUCAAGGCGAUGGCGCGGGUGGCAAAAACUCCUUCAUCCCCUUCAGAAUCCGUGGCGAGUUUGCAAGAAUCAAGCUCAAGGGCAACAUCAACACACCUGACCAAGCGGAUCACAGCACAAGCAACCCAGGCGAUGAUGAUCUGCUGGAUGUCAAAGGAACGAUAUUCGGUUUUAUAGGGCCUGAAAGCUUUGCUGGCGUUAGCGUAUGCGGCGUCCACGGUUGCUUCCUCAGCGACGCUCCUGAUAAUGAAGAGUCACGCGGCGGCAGCUUCGAUGACUUUGAAGCCAAGGGCGAAGUGGAGGUUGCUUGGGCCGUAACGGGUCGCUUCCACAUUGGGUUCCCGAGAGGGGAUGAAUGGGAGAAUUUGGACAUCACCAAGACGAUUGCAUCAAACUAGCCCAUGUCACCAUUCGCCUAUGCGACUAAUGUGUUUUUUUUUCAAGCCCCCUUUCGUCUCUUGCUUUCCUCAUAAAGUAAUUGACGUUCAUGACCAAGCUGCUCCUGCAAUCCACCACGUUCUCGUCCGGUCUGGACAGCAUGAACGGCUGCGACCAAGGCCGGAUACCAAUUCUCAGCCAUCUUUUUAUCUCCAGCAUCGUUAGGAUGCACACCAUCACGGAAGUCUGCAAGUCCAAAGCCGCUGUGCUGAUCCACGACUAUGAUGGGCGAUUCGGACGUGCUCAUAGACUUUGCCCACAGCGGGAUUCGCGAGUUUAGUUCAAGCACCUUGGCCUCAAAGCCAAUCGCGUAGAGAGGCAGAAUCUGAGCGACCUUACAAAAUUCAGAAAAUACCGCACAGGCAUCUACAUUUCCAUAAUGCUCACUAUUAUUUUCAUUCUGGGAUUUGCGUCUCUCAUCUGACCGACCAGUUUCGAGAAUGCGUGCAGAAUUUGCUCGAUCUUGUAGCCAUGACCGAUGUCGUUAGAUCCUAGAUGCAUAGUGACAAUAUCUGGAGGAUUUUGUCUUAGCCACGUCGGU